AUGUCUUCAGAAACCCCCCUCAAGCCCAUCCACAGCCUCGUUCUUGACACUGGCCCUCUUAUCAAAAACGACCCUCCCGCAAACACCCUCCGCGCAAAAGCAGAACAACUCUACACCAUCCCAGCCGUCGUUUCCGAAAUUCGAGAUGCCGCUACUCGAGCGCGCGUAGAGACUACUCUUCUCCCAUUCAUUACGCUCAGAUCGCCGAAUCCUGCGAGUGUCAAGGUUAUUCGGGAUUUUGCGAGACGGACUGGUGAUUUGGCCGUUUUGUCAAAGCCGGAUAUUGAUGUUCUUGCGCUGGGUUAUGAACUUGAGUGUGAGAGGAAUGGGGGUGAUUGGAGAUUGAGGAGUAUGCCUGGGCAGAAGACUGUGAAUGGAAAGAAGCCUUCUGAUAACAAGCCUGCCGAGAACACCGAAGAGAAGACUGAGGAGAACACCGAGGAAAAUGUUGAGGAGUCUUUGGAGAAGGCGGUCGAGAACUUGACUGUCGAGGACCCUGUCGCACAGCCUCUUGAGCAGCCUACAGUUGAAGAGCCUGUCCAACCCGCAGAGACCGUCGAGACCAAGGACGAAACACCCGCGUCUACAGAGACCACACAAACACCUGCGACAACCUCAGCCCCCUCCGCCACAGAAACCCUCGAACCCGCCAAAGAAUCCGCUCCCCAAACAUCCGGCGAAAAAGUUGACGAGUCAAUCGACGCCGUGGAAGAAGCCUCCGACGGCGAAGCCUCCGACGACGAAGGCGGUUGGAUCACACCCUCCAACCUAAAGAAGCACCAACACGCCUCCUCAGGCGCAGCACCUUCAGCGCCCGUCCAAAAGACUCUUCAAGCCGCAGUUCUCACAUCCGAUUACGCCAUGCAAAACGUUGCUCUCCGAAUGAACUUGAACCUUGUCGCGCCCUCGCUCGCGCGCAUCACACAUCUCAAGAACUGGGUUCUGCGCUGUCACGGCUGCUUCAAGAUUACAAAGGAGAUGGACAAGCAAUUCUGUCCUUCUUGUGGUCAACCUACACUUAACCGAGUCAGUUGUUCAACAGACGAGCAAGGCAACUUUAAAGUUCAUCUCAAGAAGAACUUUCAGUGGAAUAACCGAGGAAACGUGUACAGCGUGCCCAAGCCAGUCCACGGUUCAUCAAAUGGACGACUAGCCAAGCACGCAGGUGGUCAGAACAAUUGGGGCACGAAUCUUAUUCUCGCAGAGGAUCAGAAGGAAUUUACAAGGGCGGCUGACGAGCAGAGACGGCAGAAGAAGAAGGAUAUCAUGGAUCAGGAUUAUCUGCCUGAUAUUCUUACAGGUCAUCGAGCUGGUGGUGGUGGAAAGAUUCGUGUUGGAGCGGGACGAAAUGUCAACUCCAAGAAGAAGCACUAA